CACCACUGGUCACAGGAGGAGAUUGAGGUUAGUCUAAGCCCUAAUCCUCGUGGACCUUAUGCUAGUUGAACAGCAAGCACGACCAAAUCCUUACUCUGCCCCUUCCAGAGAGGCGCACACACACACACACACACACAUAUCACGACAACGCACGUUUUCCCUGCCUCCUUGUUUACUGCUCAGCUCCGUCUCAACUCUUCUGCUUUCGCUUGUCGCUCUCUCGCAGCAGGAGGCCAGAAGAAGAGGAGGAGGAGGAGGAGGAGGAGGAGGAGGAGGAGGAGUUGGUGCGCACUGUGGAGUAGUUUCCCAGUUGUCAUGACGACCUCACACCCGAUCAUCUUCGGAGCUGUCUUCUUGUUGCCACGGUGACCUGAUCCCGUUCCAUCUACGCUCCCGCCGAUGAUCCGGAUUUGGACUGAAAAAGGAGAGCGAUCCCGGAGCGCCGUCGCCUUCCUCUAAAAAAAAAAAAAAGCUCGUGGAUGGGACAGCGCAUCCCACACAGGAACGCAGAUCGGAGGACAGGAAGGAGCGGCGUGCUGGGAAUGCUGUGGGAGUGAUACCGGAGCGUUGCCUGGAAACAGCAGCAUGCCCAUACAACAGAUAACUGUGGUUCCGGCCAGGGAGACAGUCAACAGCGGCAAGAGCGUCUCUCGCUCCAAAGACAAGAACGAGGGAAGGAAGGCACCUGGACGCUCAGGGAGUCGAUCCAGCAACAUCUCCAAGGCCAGCAACUCUACAGCAGGACUUACUACAGCCUCCAGGACAUCUAUAACCCCGUCUUCUCAGGACAUAUGCCGUUCUGGCCAGCUGACCCGCUUAGAGGAGGAUGCUUCUGAAUCGCACAAGCGCAGCAAGCACGCAGGCGUCUCCUCCGCAAUGACGGUCGCCGGUGCGGCCGUGGGCUCGUCGGCCCAGAAGAAGCAGGUGAAGCGCCGUCACCGCCGCAAGAGGAGCAGCUGCGCCGCCCUCGACUGCGUGGAGGCCAACGGCAGGCCGGAGCAGAGCGACCGCAGCCUCAGCUCCGACCGCAGCGAGCUGGGGGAGAAGAGGGAGCGCUCCAGCAGGAACCGGAGGGAGCUCCCGCCUCGCCUCCGGUGCUCGGGCGCCCCGCAGUCCGACUCCUCCACCGAGGACGAGGCGAGCCGCGAGGCCCGCAGCUGGAGCAAAGAGAAAGCCCGGCGGGCGCGGCGUCGCAGCGGGAGCCACGAGAGGGACGUGACGAACGGGCUGAGAGGGGGAGAGGGCAAGGGAGAGGUCAUGGAGCUGCAGUCGGUGGACUCGAAUGAAGGAAAGGAAAACCAGCCUCUGGUGGAGGAGAGCGGAGGGCUCAAGAAGCGCCACAACAACAGGGGCUCGGUGAAGAGAGACGGGCGCGUCUCGGCAAGAGAGAGGUCACAGAGCAGAGACAAGGAGAAGAAGAGCUACAAGUCACGGAGCCCGGGCAGCUCCUCGCUGGGGGAGGAUGGCGAGGAGCUCAUCACCAAGAGAUACCAGGAGAAGGGGUCGGGAGGCGGCAACAUGUCAGUGCCCACGCCACAGAAACACUGCGGUGUGAAUGGGGGCACAAUGCCGCUGUGCUCCGAUGACUCGGAGCUGGAGGUCUGCAGGAUCUGCCACUGUGAGGGGGACGACGAGUUCCCGUUGAUCAUGCCUUGUCGCUGCACGGGGAGCCUGAGUUUUGUCCAUCAGGCCUGUCUCAACCAGUGGAUCAAAUCCUCGGACACCCGCUGCUGUGAACUCUGCAAGUUCGACUUCGUUAUGGAGACGAAGCUCAAGCCAUUGCGCAAGUGGGAGAGGUUAAACAUGACGAAGAGCGAGAGGAGAAAGAUCUUCUGUUCAGUGUUGUUUCACCUGAUAGCAAUAGUGUGUAUGUUGUGGUCAGUCUACAUUCUGGUGAAGAGAACCAUGGAGGAGAUCAGACUCGGGAAGAAUGACGAAUUAUGGAGAGUUUCUCUUCUGAAGUACUAUACACCGCAGGGAGUGCUGGAGUGGCCCUUCUGGACCAAGCUGAUCGUGGUGGCCAUCGGCUUCACGGGCGGCCUCAUCUUCAUGUACAUCCAGUGCAAAGUCUACCUGCAGCUGUGGCGCCGCCUCAAGGCCUUCAACCGCAUCAUCACUGUGCAGAACUGCCCCGAGAAAGACCUGCACCACCCUCAGACCCGGCCCAGCGCGCUCACCAACGGCAAACACGAAACCGUGGAGGUCCCGGUUUGUCCGGCCCCCGUCCCGGCUCCAGAGGCUCAGAAUGACUCCGACCUGUCCGUGGAGGCGGCGGUGGCGCCGGCACAAAACCCCGUCUGACCAGUUCUGCUUCUUCUCGCUUCGAAGAGAGCGCUAAAUCAUGCCCUGCUCAUCCAACAACCUCCAGCCGCCGCGAGCACGGUGUGAUUUAGACUCUCGGGCCAAAGCGAUCGCUGGUCCUGAGGUGCAGCGGACGGAUUCAAGGUGAAUGAACUGAUCCCGUCCUUCAGUGAUCUCGUAAAAUACUGAGAGGCUGCAGCGAUGUAGAAGUGAACAAUGUGGCAGACGAGAACACAGAGGGAGGAGGAGGAGAGGAACAAGAAACUAGAGCCAGCAGCAAAGAAAGUAUUUGAAUAUAGAAAUAUUCCUGUAUGCACUUUCACAACCGGCACUGGCACAGGAAGUUGUGAGCACCCUGUGGAAAGCUAUCACAGGUCUCAGUGUGCUUCAAAUGAACCUCGGACUACAAGUCUUAAGAUUGCGCCUUGAGGCGAAAACAUUUCGAAUCGUCCCACUGAAGCAAAGAGAAGCUAUAAACUCAUUCGUUUGGUUCCCCUCAAAUUAAAAAGGUUGAAUAUUAGAAAAGAACCUCACAGGUUUUAGCAGCACUUCCGAAUCGACCAUUGACGUGGCUCUCAUUUUAGUUUGUAAAUAGAAAAUGCACCUUAAACAAAAGAUCCCGAUCUCUGGAAAUGAAUGUGAACACAGGAAUGAACUUCAUCUUGUCAUGUGUGGAAUGAAACGUCCUCACAAACAGUGACGUCACCCGUGGGAUUCCUGAUGAGCGGGUCUGAAGCUCAGUGUGGUGGCUCUAACCUCCAGCUAAUUCAAAAAUAGCUAAAGCGCUGGAGGAUGCCGGGCGGCUAGCAACCUGUCACUCAAACAGUCAGGCUCUUGAAAAGCCAUAACUCUAAACCACAGGUGUCAAACAUACGGCCCCGCAGGCCAAAAGCGGGCCACCAGACGGUCGAAUCUGGCCCGCAGCACGAAUUUGCAAGUUCAUGCUUUUACAAGUGUGAAAAUUACCAAGAAGACUGUGAUUUUCCAAUGAAGAUAACUGCCAUCUCUAAUUUGUCCACUGUUUUUCUCAGAGAAGUGGACAGAACACGGCACAAUGACCCAGGACUACACAGAAGACAGCGAUGAGCCCAAAUUGCACUUAUUUUUCUUAAGAAUUUAUUUUGGAAGGAUCGUUUAUUAAAUGUAAACAUCCUCCUAAUUUACUUGUUCUUCUUUGUACUGAAACAAAUGGAGAAAAUAAAUUUGGAGUUGUCGUUACUUAUAGGUUAUUAUGCUAUUGUGUUGCUGGGAUCAAAUUGUGACCCUCGAACUAAAAUGAGUUUGACACCCCUGAUUUAAACCUAAAUCUAAUUUAAACACAUCUAUGUGGAUUGGCGUGCUGGUGGAGCCUCUAGUGGUAAUUUGAGAAACUUCACAUACUUUUAACUAAACACUUGCACUGAAGCAAACUGAGGCCUUAACUCUCAUUCUGGACAAUCAGGUCAUUGGGCACCAAAGAUAUUAUGAACA